AUGCUUUAAUGAUUCUUUAAUCAUCUGUUUUACUUUUUAAAAAUAAUGCUUUUAUGAAUGGUCCAUUGUAUUUUCCAUGUGAUGGUGUCCAAUAGUGACUAGGGGACAGGAAAACAUCAUUUGCAACUAACCAAUUGAAAGGAUUGCACUAACAUAAAAGUUAAGAGCUUGAAUUAGUUGCUGGUUUCUCUUGAAGUAUCUUUCAUUCUUUUUUUCUUUUGCUUCCAUUUUUGUUUUCAGUCAUCUUCCUUACCUGUCUCUUUGGUGGGAACUUUCAGAUAGGGAAAUGCUAUAUCUUGAGCAAUUUAUGUUACUAUCAGAGCACAAGGGUUCAAGUUUCACACAUAUGAAAUUACUUCAGCGUUACCACACACACCUAUUUUUUUUGCUUUAACUAUACAAUUGCUCUUGAGACGAUAUGCAAACUAGUUUAGUUUUAAGCUGUUGGUUACAAAUCUGGUUCCAUUAAAUUCUUGUUGAAUGAAAAAGUAGGAUAAAAUACUUAUCAAGGAAGAAAACCAAAAUUGGGGGCAGAGGCAGAGCUGUUAUCUUAUUUGUUGAUAUGACUUUAUCUUUAUAUUUAUAAUUUUUUUAAUUUAUCUUUUCUUGUUCACUGCUCUUCUCAUUUUGUGCUUUUAGUUACUCAAGAAAGCAGUUGUUUAUGUUUGUGUGCACUAACGUGCACACUUGUCUCCCCCCUCCCCUUUUGUUAUUUGUUAAUAUUUUGUGUGCGUGCACGUGUCGGGGAGAGAGAGAGAGAGAUUUAGCAUUUGAUCAAGAGGGUAAAACAAUCUUUUAUGUUGGAACCAACUUCCCACUAAUGGGUGGUUUCUCAAUCCUCAUGGUUCCAUGUAGGCACCAGGCUCUAUGUCUUUUAUAAACUUAGGGUAUGCAAGUAUUAGGGAGGAGGUAAUGAGGUCCCUUUGGUAGCUGCAUGAAUAUGCACAAAGCAAAAUAAUGAAAGAGAGCUUGCAUGGACCCUAUCUAUAUAUAAAAAGCAACCAGAAUAACAAACUUUUUUGUUUUAUUGGUCGUGUGCUCUCUUUCUUCUUGUGUUCUGCCUUUAAAUAGCACAAGCCACUUACCCACCCGCCAAGUUAAAAUCCUCUUAAUUGUCCUAUUGUGCUCUCUCUUCUAUUCUCUUGUUCUGCUUGCCUGGUAUGUCCAUAUUGAUCUUUGUCUGCUCAAUACCAACAUGGUCGUCCUGAGCUAUUCUUCGUUCCCUGCUUUGAACAGCCUGCCAAUUUUCUUGAGUGGAAAGUUAUAGGAGAAAAAGGGGGAAAGAAAUGGCGUCUAAUGGUAGAGUUUUCAGGGCAACGUUUGGAGCUCUUGUAUUUGUUGGCGUCAUCUGGUUUAUAACAGUUGGAAUCCUAGCAAACCGUGCAAGUAAAAGAUCAACAAUAACAGUUCAAUCAUCUCAAAUCUUCAAGUACUGGAAGCUGAUUGCAAGAGAGAAGCAUGCUGUUCAGUGGGAUUUCAAUCUUAAUUAUGUGAGCAAGAGAAGAGUACCUAAUGGUCCCGAUCCCAUUCAUAACAGGAGAGCAGUGAAGACAGGACAGCCACCUGGACGAGCCUAAAGCAUCAGAGGGAAUGUGAAAGCAUUGGAAAUUGUGUGGAUGGGCAAUGUACAAGAGAUUUUCUAGAUUUACGAUCCUUUCAAUUAUUAGAAAUCCCAGUUGAAAUGCGAUGGUGUCCCCCUGAACACUAUUGCCAAGUACUGCUAUAACUGGGGUCUGAGUGCUUAGAUAUUUUGUAGUUAGAUUCUCUGCAAUUCAUGCAGGUACAAUAUCAUUUUGUUCCAGCCUUAGUUAGAUUUGUGGUGAUUAGUUUUUGAAAAGAUAUAUAUGGAGGAGGUUAGUAAAUUAAGUUCUUUUGUUCACUCCAAUGUUCCAAACAUUGUCUUAAGAGCUAGCUCCAACAUGGUCAGUUUCUCCCAGACAAAAAUGCAUGAGAAGCCUGAGAAAGAUUGAGCUUUUGGAGGUAUCCCCAACUAAGUGUUUGCUUGUCCUUACUUGAAUGCUUUAGAAAGAGAUUCAUGGGAAGGAAUUUACUUUGCAAGGAAAAAAAAGAAGAAAAAAAGCAAAGUAGAUACAAUAAGAGAAAGGAACACUAUCCUAAAAAGGUUCUAUCUCAAUACGCGAUGAGUGAAGCCUGUAACAUAUUUUAUUAAUCCUGCUUCUUGUUGCUUUGGUUUGGCA